GUUAUUUGUUAUUUAAGGUUAUGUUUGUGACUAGUUGAGAUUUAAAAUUAAAUCAACAUGAAUCCAUUAACUAAUAUGAAAAAUGUCCUCAAAUUGAGUGAACAAGAAUUGCACUCUACAAACAAAACUUCUUGGCAUGACCAGUACAGAGACAGUGCCUGGAUAUUUGUAGCUGGCUUUCCGUAUGAUUUAAGUGAAGGAGAUUUGAUUUGUAUGUUCUCACAGUAUGGAGAAAUUGUGCACAUAAACUUAGUAAGGGAUAAGGACACAGGUAAAUCAAGAGGAUUCUGUUUCAUUUGUUUCGAGGAUCAGAGAUCAACUGAUUUGUCAGUGGACAACUUAAAUGGAAUCAAAGUAUUAAACAGAUCGAUGAGAGUGGAUCAUGUGUCUAAUUACAAAAUUCCAAAACAUGUCAGAGAAGAGGCAGAUUUAAAAUCCAAAGUUAAUCCACCUGUUGAGAGUAGACCCAUAAAGGCAGAACCCUUAGGACCCGUUGAUGACUUCAGAGAAACACUGGCAGAUCAUAUACAGGGUGAAAUAAAACUGCCUCGACGAUUACCAAUAGGAACGGUAAAAUUGGAACCAAACACUGAGGAAGAGGAAAAGGUUAAAACGAAGAAGCACAAGAAGGAUAAGAAACACAAGAAGAAGAAAAGCAAAAAGAAAAAGAGGGCAGAAACUUCGGAGAGUGACAGUUCAAGUGACGACGAUUCCAGCAGUAGCGAAGAAGAAUACAGGCGAAAGAAGAAAAAGGAAAAAUCUAGGAAAUAAAUUUUAUUGUGUUAAUUUUAUG